AUGGUGGUUGAUUUGAGGGUAAUAAGCAAUGGUGCACAGGAGUGGAAUAUAAGUCUUAUCCGGGAUGCACAUGAUUGGGAAGUUACCGGGAUGGUGGAGUUUCUCAGCUUGCUGUAUAACACGGUUAUCGAUGCUACAAGCGAGGACAAGAUAGUAUGGAAACCUUCGAGGAAAGGGAAGUUUUCUGUGUGCUCCUUUUAUGAUACAAUUACUAUGCAGCAAAGACACAAUUUUCCUUGGAAGAACAUUUGGAGGAGCAAAGCACCUAAAAAAGAUGCAUUAUUUGUAUGGACAGCAGCAUUAGGGAAGAUUCUUACUAUGGACAAUCUAAGAAUAAGAGGCAUAAUCAUAACUGAAUGGUGCUGUAUGUGCAGAAAGAAUGGUGAAACAGUAGACCACUUACUUUUACAUUGUGAAUUUGCUCGGAAAAUCUGGAAUUUUUUCUUCAGCAGAAUGGAUAUAGCAUGGGUCAUGCCGGGAAGGAUGAUAGAAUUAAUUGCAAGCUGGAGAGGAAUUGCGGGGACACCACAGAUUGUGGCUGUGAAAUACUUGCAGAUAGCAAAGAAAUCUAGAACUAAUAAUCCAUAUAGGUGGGUGAGAUAUGUUACUCAGGCCAAUUCCUACGUUACUCGCAUCUGA